AUGGAUCGAUGGUGUCGCGGUGGCGUGUCCGUCAGUCAUAGAUCACGCCGAGGCAUCCUCACUCUAACCCUUCCUGCCCUAUUCAUCGCGGAGUCUAGGCCUCAAUCCCUCCUAAUAGUUCUUCAGCACGCUCACCUAAUUCUUUGGACCUGUUUGUUCGUAUCUGUAAAUGCAAACCUUGUCCCUUCUCUCCUUUUAGUAUCCAACAUGGAUGCUGUCUAUUCUAUUCCUUGA